UGGAACAGUAGUAUCGUCUCGCGAGGUCAAACAACAAGAAGUCUAAAGAAUGUCAUCCGGCGAUCACUACAAGGUGAAAAUAUAGAUACUGUUAUAAUGGGAGGUUCAAUCUCAGCAGGUGGAGGAUUAAACUAUGACAGAGAAGACCUCAGGGGAGUGUACUAUCGCGUUUUUGCUGACUGGUGGCAAAAAGCCAUCCAACCUUUAACGGGUUCUUCCAUCAAACUUCAUAACUUGGCUGUAGGCGGAACAGGAAGUAACUUUUUCGCUUUUUGCUACAGAACUUUGCUAAAUCCAGGCACUGAUAUAGACUUGGCGUUUCUUGACUUUACAGUCAACGAUUAUCUCCAGUUUUCAGGUUCCAAAUUUCCCACAGCCUUACCAUUGGAACAACUCAUCCGAGAAGUUCUUAGCGAAAAGAAGUCUCCACCAAUUUUUUUCAUUGACUUUGUAAGAGGGGUUUCAAAAAGUCCUACCUGCAAUAACUUAGAGAAUCACGGUCAAACAGUUCUCGCUCAAAACUAUGGAAUAACCUCAAUAACUCUCCGCAAAUUUUUCUGCUUGAAUCCAUCAAAUGGAAAAAACUAUCCAAGAAUGUUUGCUUCUGACGGGAACCACCCUAGUAUUCUGUCUCAUGCUCAGGUCGCUUUAUUGAUCAUAAAUUAUGUUCGAAAGACAAUUCUAGAAGUAAUUGACACUAUAGCUAUUUCAAAGCAAAAGAGCAUAGUUUUUAACAAUUUUUCCACCAGCCUGGGUGACCUCCCAAAACCAGUGUUUAGGAAGAAUCUGAGAGAGUUUCUUGACAAACCACGCUGUUUUACGCAAAUAUUACCCGAUGCUACGAAAAAUUCGUCAUUACAUCAAACAUUGCAGGUAAGAGAAAUCGGGAACUUCGGAUUUCAAGUUUUGCCGAAGACAUUCAUAAACCAACCUGGCCAGGUGAAUCCAGUCAUGACUCUUAACGACGGCUUCCAGAAAUUUCGGACGGAUGCUUAUAGAGGGUGGAAGGCGAAUUCUAUGGGUUCUCUUCUUGAACUGGAAAUAUUCCUCCCAUUAGUUAAAUUGUCCCCUAUGGAUAAACGAUUUAUGAUUAUGGAGGAGCCCACAAGAAGUGUUGCUAUAGCCGUACGGACUCACAAUAAUGGGGCAAACGCCAGGGUGUGGAUAGACGAGUUUGAGGAAAAUGGAGUUUUAAUAAACACUAGCUCUAUGUAUGGACACACCAAACUUCAUACCAUCGUCCAGCACGCAACACAGGGUCGUCACGUUCUUAGCGUGAGGACGACGACAGCUGGGGUUUUUACUUUAGUGGGUGUAAUGAUUGGUCCAGUAUACAAGUGAAAGUUUUUUCCGAAGGUGUCCUAACCUGACUCAGUGGAAAAAUUUUCACGUGAGCUUACUAUUUGGCGACAUUCGGCGGCCAAAAUAAUUCGGAAUAUUCUUUGAAAAGGAAAAGAAAGAAAGAAAUAAAAGUCUUCACGGCAGGAUAUUUGCCAUUGGUCCCUAGCUCAACUUUGUUUAGUUGUGAGACACGUAUCUUUAAUAAGCCAUUUGCACGAUGACAUCAUUUUACUACUACAACCAGAAUCUUUCAGGGUUUUGCUUUCUUGUGCAAAUUAGGGCUUUGGUUAUUUAAACCUCACUGGGAUUACAAAAUUUAAAUAUGAAAGGAAAAAAGAAAAGGAUUCUGGUUGUAGUAGUAAAAUGACGCCAUCGUGCAAAUGGACUAUUUAAGAUUUUUUAUAAACCUCUCUCCCACACUCAAGCAUUCAGAUCAAAGAGGAAUCAAAAGCCAAACGAACCAGCCUUAUCAUCAUCAGGUCGAGCCAGCUCGGGCAAAACGGACCAACCUCAUAAUUAUUAACGUUUCUCCUUCUUUGAUUGACUUUCAUAUCUUGCCUAACUCUAAUGCCAUUAUUUAAAUUGAUCCUCCGUUAUGCAUUAGCAAAAAUUCCUCGACCUCUUUUCUCGUAACGUGCUUGCGAGGAAGCUAAAGUGGCUAACAGAAGGAACACCUUAGGAGGAAAGAUAUAUGGGAAAAGAGGAAGGGCAAGAGGGGAUGGCUCAAAAACAUACGUGUCUCUUUUGGCAAAAAUUCAUCAGCCAAUAACAGAAGUUUGAACACUUGUGCUAGGCAGAGAACGUUCUUGAUGAUCACAGUUGGGUCUUUCAUGCAGAGGGAUAAGCAGUUAGAAAGAGAGGGUUAACGCUGAUCAAUGCAAAUGUUGGAGGCUUACCUCAAUGAUCCUUCAAUGGGGUUGUUUCUUAGUGUUUCAGAAACCAUUGUUGGUGCUCUUUUGUGUUGUGAGGUGGGCAUUGUUAACUGUCUUCGUCCGUAACACCAAGAAACUACGAUUGAGAGUGAGUCUUUAAACAUUGCAACAUUGCAGUUUAAACAUUGCAAAAUAAGGAGUAGUAUAGGUUGCACCGGUUAGGCGUCUUUUUUGCGGUGGAAUCUCAUUAACUUGCGGUGGAAACAUUAACGACGAUGAUGUCUUAUGCAUAAACUGCGGUGGGAUGCGGUGAUAUUUUAAGGUGACUCGACCCAGUUUUUUUUUUGGGGGGGAGGGUACCAUCCUACUUUGAAGCUCUCUGGUAUCCCCUCCUUUACUUUUAUCGUAAGUCUAACACAUAGAAUGGAUAACAUAGAUCAAUCUACAAUAUAACAUAAAAUUUUUGGCGAUCGGAGUAAAUGUCACGUGGUUAUAAUGCCACGCCCCUUCGAGGUCUGAGUCCAAAAUCUGCUGUUGCCGGCAUUUUUUCGUGAAAAUCUCUCGGCUACACAUAGUGCGCAUUAGUGCCUUGAGCUGAACAGAGUUUCACCAAAAUCGCAAAGACCCAAUUCAAGAAAUUCAGUGGUUUCCAAAUUUAGGUCAUAGUUUAUGCGAAAAUGAUUUGAAAACUUUACACGAUUAUAUCUAAUAAACUAUGAGAUUCAUCCCUUUAUUUUGGGCAUCGUUAUAACAGAUGGGUCCUUGCAAGUCAGCAAAACGCUUUAGGGCCUUGUAAAUGCGCGCGAUUUCGAGCAAAGCAAACAUAUAGAAAUUAUAGUUUUCGCUAUUUGUUGACGUUUGUCAGCGUUUAAGAGUCCUUCUCACGAAAAAAGCAUUUUCUAAAAAAUUCGUAGCUUUUUUCCUUCAAAUUUUUUCAGGGGCUACAAUUGAUUAACUAACUACCGGGACUCUGAAUUUCAUGAUCAUUGAAAAACUGUGACAUUAUCUUCUAUAAGCCCAAACUUGAGUAAACAUUGAAGAUAUUUAGCGUUUUGGCUUCUAUUAUAAGGAACAGUCAACGGCGAAUUCAAACUCCCUCAAAAUCGCUCAAAAAACCGCUUUUGAGGUAAAAGGACGACUAUAUACCACAGGUAAGGUAAUUCAACGUUUAUUUAUCAUUGAUUUAUAUACAUAGUUUGCGACAUAUCGCUAUAGGUGAGGCAAACGGUAACUGCAGAACAUUUACUAUAAAAUAACAAUCGGCUACACAAACAGAUUGUGCGGGCUCCCUGUGGUGACACGCAUAUUAAUUUUCUACGGUUAUUGUUUAUGGUCGGCAUGAUUUGCCCUCUGAUGUAAGAGCGUUUUCUUUGACCUCUUUUGAAAAGUAAAGCUCUUCAAUGCGGCCAAAUAAGGGUUUUGGGUUGUUUAAUUUCUCUGGCGAUUGCCUCCUGGAUCUGAAUAAUUUUAAGCGAUUUUCUUUUUGGCCGUGAAUGUGACGGUUUCCUACAAUGUCUUGUCACGCUGGGCCCAGCUCGUUAGCGUUUUUAGCAGGACGGAUAGUGAUAUCCAAAUCUCGAAGAAUGGAUUGCAGCUUAAACUAAAGCUAUAUUAACUAUGGAGAAUUGCGAUGUGACGCAGUCAUGACUGCUCAUGAAUUUUGACUGCCGCUUGUUUUUCUGGAGAUAAUGUGAGUCUUUGGACUGGAGCACGUCGUUCCUCCCUUGGUGAUAAAUUGCGACUGUUCUGUUAUUCUCACUUUGUGAUCAGGAAAGACCAUGGUUUAGGUUCUCCACGCGAACCUCAUCAGUUGCCGGUUUGGCUCUCUUCUUAGUUGCUUCUACAAGAGCAACUCUAGUUAUUUGUUCUGUGCUGUUAUUUGUUCUGCUCUAGUUAUUCGUUCUGUAAAUUGUGAUCAUGUCGAGUGUUGAUAGCGGCUGGCGCGUUUUUGACAGAUGUUGACAGAUUUCCAUGGAAGAGCCAAUCAGAGUUAUAGUUGUGAUAGCAACACAUUAGUUCAAAAGCUUGGGCUUUGUCUGUAGUCCCUCAUUUUCCUCUCUCCCUGCCGCGUGUCACCUUUUCUCGCGUGGGGUGAUUUUCACGCGCGCUCUCGUUUCGCUCGCCCUGCUAUCCCUGAGGAAAAAUGGGGGACUACUCGUAGUCUAGUGUCACAUCUGUAGUGUGAAAGCUGGCUAAAACAUCAAUAUUCUAGAUCUGAACAAGUUCGCUUACAUACCUCUUACAUGGCUGGCUGAUCCACACGUUCUGAGCUUAUUUCCUGCUACGACGAUUGGGCAAAAUCGCAUGACAACAGGAAGCUAACCAACAAUGCCUUCUUAGACUUUUCUAAAGUGUUUGAUAGUGUACAGUACGAGCGCCCUCUUUUUAAACUAGAGCGUCACGGCUGCUUCAGUGCAUGGGUUUGGUAAUUUGUCUGGCCGCAUGUAACGAGUCGUCCUGCGUGGUACCUGCUCGUCUUGGGCUCCUGUUUUGUCAGGAAUACCCCAGGGAACGAUUCUCGCGGACCUGUUUUGUUCAUCAUAUCUGAAAACGAUGUGCGCAGAUGACAACAAGAUUUACCGAAAAAUAUCCGAUAUAAGUAUUCCUCAUUCCUACGAAUGUUUCGCCUUAAUGGUAUUAGUCUGAGAUCUGGCAACUAAACUUUUAUGUGAACAAAUGUGAAGUUAUGCGUGUGACACACACCCAAAGCAAGUCUGGUAUAAAUAUACAUUAGUAGCGCAUUGAAAACAACAACAUUCAGCGGGUUCCGUAAAAGACCUCGGCAUUACAACUCCCCAUGACCUUUCAUGGACUAGAAAAGUGGCUGAGGUUGUCAACAAUGGGUAAGACGAUUUUUUUUCAAAUCAUACUCAGUUGUCUAACGUCAUUUGUUGUCAUUCGCUUUUAAUUCUGAGACUAAAAUUAUGCUGCGUUUACAGCAGCUGUUGGACUACUCAGACGUCUUUCCCACCUGACGUCUUCUGCGAAGAAGCUCAAAAAAUGAAAAUGGUCUAGCUGGAAGUUUGCCGCCAAGUCAACUCAUAUUGAUAAAAAAAAUUCAGGCAUGCCAGGCCAGGCCAGGUUCGGGUGAAGGGCUUUAACCAAUUGGACUAGCAAACCAACUGAGAGCUGGUCAUUAAAGUGGUUGGAAGUAUCCCGCCAAAGAUGACGCUUAAAAUGAGGCUAAACGGGCCAAAAAACGUGCAGUAUGCAGGGGCGUAGCCAGCUUUUUGACUUUUUGUAGGCCCAUCCCUAAGGUGACCCGGUAAUACAGUAGACAGAUCAGACCCUUAAGACUGUUAAUUGUAUGCAUAAUUAGUUGAAUCUGGAGUGUGUAUCUAAACUUCAAGAUAUUGAUCACAGUACCGCAAUAAAAAAGCGCCUUUCUCCAACGACACCCAAAUAGCUAAAAAAGAAGUUCCAUCCUCCUGUUUCCGGAUGCUGCAAAAUCGUCAACGACGUCUUCCGCAGAGAGAGAAAACCGUUUACAUAAAAAACCAUAAAACGGCUAUAAAUCGGCCCGUGGACCACACAGGAGAGACGUAACACACAUUUUAAGUAAGGUAAGCUGUUUUUUAUUGAAAUCCUUUCAUUCUACAGUUACAGAAACGAUAGGUUUUUUUCCCAUACAAAUCCUUAUAUUUUGAAUGUUACGCAACAAUGCCGAUGCUCGCCGAUGCUCAUAUUUCGAGCUUGGGCUACCUGUGAUUCAACUGUCGGCCAGCUAGUCUAGGUUUACAAACUGGGACGUCAUGCUGUGCCGCAAAAAAUACUGUCAUUUGAUUCAGCUCAAUCCAGGACUCGUCGUUACGCUCACUGCGAAGUGAUUAGAUGACCACUUUGGCCUGCGUGUGUACUUGGAGUAGGUUUAGGUCACCCCCUUGAAGAUAGUUGGUAAGAGGCACAAUAAAUUGUAGCAACCAUUCACAGUCAAUUAAUGCAAUUAUAAACUCGAACUUGAGCACGCUAUUGAUAAAUCCCCUUGCUUCUGAAUCUUGCAUAUUGUCAAGCACUUCUAAAGCCUUUAAGAUUACGUCAAAUGAUAACUUAUAAGUACACAAAGCGUCAGCUCUUGCGCCCCAACGAGUCUGGCCAAUUUUUCUCACCUUAGUUCGUUUUCCCAUUUGCUCUUGGCUUUCAGACGUUUCUUUUAACGUCUCCUGAAAUUGGUGCUGCAGCUUAGCUGAGAAAGAAGAUUAAAAUGUAAUUUACUGUAGGGUGGGCAUCAUGUUCCUUACAAUCCAAUGGUUCUUUAACGCUAGGAGCCUGGGAUUUAAUUUUGCUGCUUCUUUUUUAUUUACAGACUCGAAAGUAUUUUGUAGAAAUUUUAAGUGUCUUCCAAAAUUUACUAUUGGGUCAUAUUACCGUGAAAAGUCAAGCGAGUGGAAAAAACGUGUAGGCCCGGGCCUACGGGCCUAGAGGCUGGCUACGCCCCUAGCUUGUUUUGCAGCUUUGCUGCAAAACGAGAUGAAAUAUAACGACUUUGCGCGUUUUACCAACUACGAAACAAACCCGUCUUACAACAAAUGAGGCCGUUGCAUUCUGCUUGAAUACUGACUUCUAACUGAAUAAUACGCGGGAGUCACGUCAUACAAAACAAGUUUGUUUAGGACCGGGAAAACGCGCAACAUGUACAAAAUUUGUUGCAAAUAGUAGAACUACUCUACUUUCUGCAACAAAUUUGCGCAACUUGCCACAAGCUGAAGUGUUGCAAGACAGGUUUGAACGUGGUUAGUAAAACGCAUGACAUAGCUAUUCAACUCGUUUUGCAGCAAUACUUCAAAAAAAGUUGCACGUUCUUGCUUACCGUGCCUUAGGUGGCUCGAAUCGAUUUUUGGCGAUUUCCAAAAAGACUGAGCAUUAACUACGUCGGUCAAGCAGACUAUUUAAAUUUUAUAAGGCUCUCGAGAUAGCUGAUUUCAACAGGUAACUGAAAGAACGAUGUAGUAUCUUAGCAGGUAGAAUGACAGGUGAUUGAUUUAUCAGACAACUAGCAUGUUAAGUCUUACAGUCUUACCUGGCCGUGAAAUCCACGCUGAGCUUAUGAAUCAACUUUGGUAUUUCGGUCUAUCGGAGCUAUUUUACUGAAUGCAUCAAAACCUGCAGACAAAAAUCUCGGUACGUAUUUUCUCGAGUAAGGGGUGAAGUUCUUUUCCAGAGUAGCGUGCUGGUUAGAGGCCCUUUUAACAUCGUGAUGCAGAUAUUUUGGAGGGUCUUUCUAAUCAUUUCCUUGAUGGAAUUUAGAGUAGACUUAUCAAAAGUGCACGGUAUGUCUGUGUUAAGGACAAACGAAAAAGGAUUUGGCAAGCUAGAUGACAAAGUAAAGACAUCACCUACUUAUGAACAUCAGAUGACUCAAGAAAAAAUCGAUCUACUCAAGCACUCAGUUGAAAGGAAUCCUUUCGACAUGUGGUUUUUCAAAGACCGUUUUCGCUCUCAAGCGGUUAAAAUAUUGUUUUCAAGACUUUGGAACAAUGGUAUUGUCUUUAGAGGUAAAACAGCGAAGAGCUUAAAGAAUGCUAUCCUACAAUCACUUAACGGUGAAAAUAUAAACAUUGUUAUAAUGGGAGGUUCAAUCUCAGCAGGUGGAGGAUUAAACUACGAUAGAGAAGACCUCAGGGGAGUGUACUACCGCGUUUUUGCUGACUGGUGGCAGAAAGCCGUAGAACCUUUUACGGAUUCCUCCGCUAAAAUUCAUAACCUGGCUAUUGGUGGAACAUGCAGUAACUUUUUCACUUUUUGUUACAGAGCGUUACUAGGCCCAGGCACUGACAUAGACCUGGCGCUUUUUGACUUUACUGUCAACGAUUACGUGCAGUUUGCAGGUUCCACAUUUCACACAGCUUUACCGUUAGAACAGCUCAUUCGAGAAGUUUUGGGGGAGAAAACAUCCCCAUCCAUUCUUUUCGUAAACUUUGUUCAAGGACAAGCAAAAAUUCCCGUAUGUAAUAACCUAGAGAAUCACGGUCAAACAAUGCUCGCUCAAAAUUAUGGAAUAACCUUAAUAACUCUCCGUAAUUUCCUCUGCUCGAGUCCAUCAAGAGGCAGAAAGUAUCCAAGACUGUAUACCUCUGAUGGUAACCACCCGAGUAUUUUGGCUCACGCACAAAUCGGUUUAAUGAUUAUACAUUAUGUGCGAAAGAUAAUCUUAGAAGUAAUUGCCAGUUUGACCAUUUCUAAGAAGAGAACUUUUUCAAAUAUACUUUUGCCUUCAAAUCGCAAAAAUGUGGUUUUAAACCGUAAUUCUCCAAGUUUCAGUGAUCUCCCAAAACCAGUGUUUACUAAGAAUCUGGUGGAAUUUCUUGACAAUCCACGCUGUUUUACACGCAUUGUACCGGAUGCCACCCAAACGUCGUUAUUACAUCAAACACUUCAAGUAAAAGUAAUCGGAAAAUUCGGAUUUCAGGUUUUGCACGAGACAUUCAUAAAUCGACCGGGCCAUCAGGUGACUCCAGUCAAGACUCUUAACUAUGGCUUACAGAAAUUUCGGACCGAUGCUUAUAGUGGAUGGAUGGCGAAUUCUAUGGAUUCUAUUCUUGAACUGGAAAUAUUCCUGCCAUUAGUUGAAUUGUCCUCUAUGGAUAAACGAUAUGCGAUGAAUGGUGAAAAUAAAAGAAGCGUUGCUAUAGCCAUUCGAACGCACAGUAAUGGGGCAACCGCCAGUGUUUGGGUAGACGAGUUCGAGGAAAAUGGAGUUUUGAUAAAAACUAGCUCCACCUUUGGACACACCAGACUCCAUACCAUUGUUCAGCACGUGACACAGGGUCGUCAUGUGCUAAGUGUUAGGACAGAGACGCCCGGGGUUUUUAUUUUAGUGGGUGUGAUGGUCGGACCAGUAUACAAGUAA